AUGGCCGUCAAGCUCUCCAGGUUUUUUCAUUCCACCUCUGGAAUGGUCGCCGUCUCUUCCACUCGUCGCCUCGCUUCGACUUUGUCCUUUCCUCCGUACGUUGAAGCGGUUGCUCGAUUGCGAAAGAACGUCCGGCAAAGCUUACGCCUUCUUGUCACCCAUGGGCGCUUGCGGUUUCAGUGCUUGCUUGCAGUGAGCAAUCUCGUCAACGGAUCUUGCCGAUCAAAGCCUUCUACGGACCAACAUCAGCACGAAGUGACUCGACAUCCACCAGGGCAAGGUGCGCUCACCCGUCUCGUACAGACCAUAAGCGCCGAUUUCGCCGCGUCGGCACCACGCGAAUGGAUACGCGAUCCCGAAACCACGAAAGAGCUCGUAGACCUGUGGCUUCGGCUGGCGGGAGGCCACGCUAAAACCAUGUCUAAGCUGUAUGCGUUCAGCGCCGCCGUUCGUAGUGUGGUGCAAGAUCGUCAGCUCGUUAUUACAAACUUCGGCCGUGUUGGCCUCCUGCCUGCCGUUGCGCAGCCUGGGGGUUGUAAUGUUUCGCUGGCUGGCACAGGCGUGCCCUUCGUCAUGCGACAAACCGGCUGGCUUUGGCCCGGGCGACAGACUUGGUACAUCAUCGGUGAUUGUUGUUUGAACGGUGUCAUGUGUGGAGGAAUGUUCGGAGCCGGGGAUGCCGAUCCGUGCGAACCGCUUUGA